AUGUCAAGUCAAAAACGACAAUCCACAUUAAGUAGAUUCUUCACAACAGUUAAACCUACUUCUCAAAAUACCGAAUCUACUUCAACCAAUAAUGUACCACCACCACCAUCACCACCACCACAACCACCAACUAGGAAUGAAAAAUUAUUAGAAUUUGGAUUUAAUAGAAUUGAAAGCUCCUCUACUACCAACCCCACAACUAAACCAAAAGAUAUUAAAAAACGUAAAUCAACAACAUUGAAUGUAUCUUCUGAACCAAGAAUCAAAAAAACCAUGAAAGAAAAACGACUUACACCAUUAGAGAAACAAAUUUUAGAAUUAACUGAACAACAUCAAGAUAAAAUAUUAUUAAUUCAAAUAGGUUACAAAUAUAAAGUAUUUGGUAUCAAUGCCCUUAAAGUAUCUCAAAUUUUAAAUAUCAUGUAUAUUACUAAUGAUAUUGAAGAUUCUCGAUUUCAUUAUUGUAGUAUUCCUGAUACAAGAUUACAUAUUCAUUUACAAAGAAUAUUAAAUCAUGGAUAUAAAGUUGGAAUAGUUAAACAAAUUGAAUCAUCUAUUAUUAAACAAAUUGAAAAAACUUCGAAAUCAUCUGAUGUUAUGCGUAGAGAAUUAACAAGAGUUUAUACUAAGGCAACAUAUUUUGGUGAUGAAUUGAUUGGAACUAAUAAUAAAGAAGAGAUUAAUUGGGAUUUAUUUUCAAAAUUACCAGAAUAUAUUAUUUGUAUUAAUGAAAUUUCAGAUAAAGAAUUUGCUUUUGUUGCUAUACAACCUUUAAUUGGUGAAAUUAUUUUUGAUUGUUUUAAAGAUGAUAUAAGUAGACAAGAAUUAGAAACAAGAUUAUUAUAUCUUCGACCAAUUGAAGUUAUUGUCAUUACUAAUGAAAUUACUAAAGAAAUUAGUUCUCCAACUUUAAUGACAUUAAAAUUAAUUAAUCAUAAUGCAAAUAUAAUUCAUAAAAUGGGUCAAUGUAAUUAUGAAAUAUCGGAUUAUUUAUCUAAUGAACAAUUGGUGGAAUAUUAUUCAAUCAAUUUCCCUUUAAAGAUUCAACAAUGUUUCCAAUAUUUAUUAACAUAUUUACAUGAAUUUAAAUUGACUAAUAUUUUCACCAUUCCAGAAAAUAUUACUAGUUUCCAAAAUUCAAAAAAAUAUAUGAUUUUACCUGCUAAUACAUUAAAUUCCCUUGAAAUAUUUAUUAAUUCAACUGAUCAUACUACCAAAGGAAGUCUUUUCAAUUUAUUAAACAAUACUAAAACCAUAUUUGGAUCACGACUUUUACAAAAAUGGGUUUCAAGACCACUUGUACAUAUACAAGAUAUUAAAGAUCGACAUCAAGCUAUUGAUGAUUUACAAAGUGAAUAUAAUCAUGUUGUUGAUUCUAUUUGUAAUUUUUUGAUAAAAAUCAAACAUUAUGAUUUAGAAGGAUUAUUAAGUAAAAUCCAUUAUUCUAGUAGUAAUGAUCAUGGAAGUAAUAGAGCAAGUCGGAAACAAGUAUAUUUAUUAUUAUCAUAUUUACAAGAAAUUUUAUUAUUAGUGAAAAAAUUUGAUAAAAGUAUUAAAUCAUUAAAAUUUAAAUCAUCAUUAUUAAUAAAAAUUUUUAAUGAAUUAUUAUCAAUUGCUCAAACUGAUAUUAUAAUUGAGAAUUUUUUAUCAAUGAUUGAUCUUUCAUUUUUUGAUUGUAAAGAAUCUUCAGAACAAUGUCAAAAAUUUUUUAAACGGAAUAAUUUCCAAAGUAUUGAAAUUCAAUAUAAUAAAAUUUCUCAAUAUGAAACUUUAAUUGAACAAGAAUUAGAUAUUAUACGAAAAGAACUUAAUAAUCCUAAAUUGAAAUAUGUUCAAAAAGAUGGAGAAAGAUAUCUUAUUGAAAUUAGAAAUAAUCAACGAGAUAAAAUCCCAAUUGAAAAUUAUUUAUUAAUUAAAAGUACUCAAACCAUUACUAGAUAUCGAAAUAAAUCAGUGACUAAAUAUUUAAAAUUAUUACAAUAUCAUGAAGAAAUGUUAAUUAAAACUUGUGAUGAAGAAUUUCAAAAUUUUUUAAUAAAUUUAGAUUCUCAUUAUCAAUUAUUUUAUAAAAUUAUUAAAAAUUUAUCAAUUUUUGAUUGUUUAAUAUCAUUAACUACAACAAGUUCAUUAACAAAUUAUACUCGACCAAUAAUAGUAGAAGAUUUAAUUAUUGAUGUUAAAAAAGCUCGAAAUCCUAUUAUUGAACAAAUGCGUCCUAAUUAUGUUUCUAAUGAUAUUAAUAUUGAAUAUGAUAAAAAUCGAGUAUUAAUAAUUACUGGACCUAAUAUGGGAGGUAAAUCAUCUUAUGUGAAAACUGUAGCUUUAUUAACUGUAAUGACACAAAUUGGUUGUUAUUUACCUUGUGAUAAAGCUAUUAUGGGGAUAUUUGAUUCAAUUUUUAUUAGAAUGGGAGCUAAUGAUAAUAUUUUAAAAGGUUAUUCAACAUUUAUGAUGGAAAUGUUACAAUGUAAAAAUAUAAUUCUGAUGAUGACUACUAGAUCAUUAAUUAUAUUAGAUGAAAUUGGUCGAGGUACAGGAACUAUUGAUGGAAUAGCUUUAGCUUAUUCAAUUUUAAAAUAUUUAAUUGAAUCAGAAUUUAAACCAUUAAUAUUAUUUAUUACUCAUUAUCCAUCAAUUCAUGUUUUAGAAAAAGAAUAUCCUUAUCAAGUGAUCAAUUAUCAUAUGGGAUAUCAAGAAAUUCAACAACAAAAUCAAAAUCAAAAUCAAAAUCAAAAACAAAUUGAAAUCCCUGAAAUUAUAUUUUUAUAUAAUUUAUGUCAUGGUGUAGUUAAUAAUCUGUAUGGAUUAAAUGUUGCUAAAUUGGCAGGAAUAUCUCAUGAUAUCAUAUUUCAAGCUUUUAAUAUUAGUGAACAAAUGAAAUUAGAUAUUGAAAUGAAAGAAUAUUGGAAAUUUGCUUAUAAAUUACAUAAAGUCCUUAAAAAUGAACUUGAUAUAGAUUAUUUAUUUACCUAA